AGUACGGUGGCCGACGGGAGCCAGACGCUGGGGAUGAAUGAAGGUGCUGGGUGCAGGAUCAACAGUAAUAAUGACUGAAUGUACAAGCCUCCAGUUUGUAAGUCCUUUUGCUUUUGAGGCAAUGCAGAAGGUGGAUGUUGUUCGUUUGGCAUCUUUAAGUGAUCCAGAAUUAAGACUUCUCCUGCCCUGCUUGGUGCGGAUGGCACUCUGUGCUCCUGCUGACCAGAGCCAAAGCUGGGCCCAGGAUAAAAAACUCAUCCUCCGCCUUCUCUCUGGAGUGGAAGCUGUCAACUCCAUUGUUGCAUUGUUGUCUGUGGAUUUUCAUGCCUUGGAGCAGGAUGCCAGCAAAGAACAGCAGCUUAGGCAUAAACUCGGAGGAGGCACUGGGGAGAGCGUCCUGGUGUCGCAGCUUCAGCAUGGUCUGACAUUAGAGUUUGAACACAGCGACUCACCCCGCCGAUUGCGUCUUGUGCUUAGUGAGCUCUUGGCAAUUAUGAACAAGGUGUCUGAAUCCAGUGGAGAAUUUUUUAUCAAGUCAUCUGAGCUGUUUGAGAGUCCAGUCUAUUUAGAGGAAGCUGCAGAUGUACUUUGCAUUUUACAAGCAGAGCUCCCUUCCCUGCUUCCUAUAGUUGAUGUAGCUGAAGCCUUGCUGCAUGUUAGAAAUGGUGCCUGGUUCUUGUGUCUAUUGGUGGCCAAUGUUCCUGAUAGUUUCAAUGAAGUUUGUAGGGGCCUGAUCAAAAAUGGAGAACGACAAGAUGAAGAAAGCCUUGGAGGAAGGCGCAGGACAGAUGCCUUACGCUUCUUAUGUAAAAUGAAUCCUUCUCAGGCCCUCAAAGUCCGAGGCAUGGUGGUGGAAGAAUGUCACUUGCCAGGCCUUGGAGUAGCUUUGACAUUGGAUCAUACUAAAAAUGAACUUAGCGAAGAUGGAGUGAGUGACUUGGUUUGUUUUGUUAGUGGUUUGCUUCUUGGAACAAAUGCGAAAGUCCGGACUUGGUUUGGAACUUUUAUCCGAAAUGGACAGCAGAGAAAAAGGGAGACCAGUAGUUCUGUCCUUUGGCAAAUGAGAAGGCAGCUUCUUCUGGAGUUGAUGGGCAUUCUUCCCACAGUAAGAAGUACCCGCGCUGUGGAAGAAGCUGAUGUGGAGAUGGAGCCUAACGUGUCUGUGUACUCGGGGCUGAAAGAAGAGCACGUUGUGAAAGCCAGUGCGCUCUUACGUCUGUACUGUGCUUUGAUGGGGAUCGCUGGACUCAAACCAACGGAGGAAGAAGCUGAGCAAUUGCUGCAGCUGAUGACAAGCCGCCCUCCUGCGACGCCGGCUGGGGUCCGCUUUGUUUCGCUUUCCUUUUGUAUGCUGCUGGCCUUUUCCACACUUGUCAGCACACCUGAACAGGAACAGCUAAUGGUAGUGUGGCUAAGUUGGAUGAUAAAAGAAGAGGCUUACUUUGAGAGUACCUCAGGUGUCUCUGCUUCUUUUGGGGAGAUGUUAUUAUUGGUUGCUAUGUACUUUCAUAGCAACCAACUUAGUGCUAUCAUUGACUUGGUCUGUUCCACUUUGGGGAUGAAGAUUGUAAUUAAGCCAAGCUCUUUGAGCAGGAUGAAGACUAUCUUCACACAGGAAAUUUUUACUGAACAGGUUGUCACAGCUCAUGCAGUUCGGGUCCCUGUCACCAGCAACCUGAGUGCCAACAUUACUGGAUUUUUGCCUAUUCAUUGUAUUUAUCAGCUUCUCAGGAGUCGUUCUUUUACGAAGCACAAAGUAUCAAUAAAAGACUGGAUUUAUAGACAGCUAUGUGAAACCUCCACUCCACUCCACCCUCAAUUACUUCCUCUGAUUGAUGUGUACAUAAAUUCUAUACUUACUCCUGCGUCCAAAUCUAAUCCGGAAGCCACAAAUCAGCCAGUCACGGAACAGGAGAUACUCAAUAUUUUCCAAGGAGUCAUUGGGAGUGACAACAUCCGCCUUAAUCAGCGCUUCAGUAUCACAGCACAGCUUUUGGUACUUUACUAUGUACUGUCUUAUGAGGAAGCUCUGCUAGCAAACACGAAGACUUUAGCUGCCAUGCAAAGAAAGCCAAAAUCAUAUUCAUCUUCUUUAAUGGACCAGAUUCCCAUCAAAUUCCUUAUUCGACAAGCUCAAGGGCUGCAGCAGGAGUUGGGAGGGUUGCAUUCGGCUUUACUACGUCUCCUUGCAACUAAUUACCCACACUUAUGCAUUGUGGACGACUGGAUCUGUGAAGAAGAAAUCACAGGGACUGAUGCUCUGUUAAGGCGAAUGCUCCUGACUAACAAUGCCAAAAACCACUCUCCUGAACAGCUCCAAGAAGCAUUUUCAGCUGUCCCAGUAAGUCACACGCAAGUGAUGCAGAUUCUAGAACACUUGACUCUACUUUCUGCCAGUGAACUUAUACCAUAUGCAGAAGUAUUAACAUCCAAUAUGAACCAGCUGUUGAAUUCAGGGGUUCCGCGGCGAAUUCUUCAAACAGUCAAUAAACUAUGGAUGGUUCUUAAUACUGUGAUGCCUAGAAGGCUGUGGGUAAUGACAGUUAAUGCACUUCAACCUUCCAUAAAGUUUGUUCGACAACAAAAGUAUACUCAGAAUGACCUGAUGAUAGACCCUCUCAUUGUCCUAAGAUGUGAUCAGAGGGUACACAGAUGCCCCCCACUGAUGGAUAUCACUCUACACAUGUUGAAUGGUUAUCUUCUUGCAUCCAAAGCCUAUCUCAGUGCUCAUCUGAAGGAAACGGCGGAGCAGGAUAGACCUGCCCAGAAUAAUACAUUAGGUUUAAUUGGACAAACGGAUGGCCCAGAAGUUACUAGAGAAGAAUUGAAAAAUGCUUUAUUGGCUGCUCAGGAUAGUGCAGCUGUCCAGAUUCUCUUGGAGAUUUGUUUACCUACUGAAGAGGAAAAGGCAAAGGGUGCCCAUCCAGACAGCUUGCUAAGAAAUGUUCAAAGCGUCAUUACUACCAGCACUCCAAAUAAGGGAAUGGAGGAAGGAGAAGACAAUUUGCUUUGUAACCUUCGAGAAGUUCAGUGCCUUAUCUGUUGUCUGUUGCACCAAAUGUACAUUGCGGAUCCCAACAUUGCUAAGCUUGUUCACUUUCAGGGUUAUCCAUGUGAACUUUUGCCUCUGACGGUCGCAGGUAUUCCAUCUAUGCACAUCUGUCUGGAUUUCAUACCUGAGCUUAUUGCACAGCCAGAACUUGAAAAACAGAUAUUUGCUAUCCAGUUGCUUUCUCAUUUGUGUAUCCAGUAUGCAUUACCAAAGUCACUCAGUGUGGCUCGCUUAGCUGUCAACGUCAUGGGAACUUUGCUGACAGUUUUAACACAGGCUAAGCGAUACGCUUUUUUCAUGCCAACUCUGCCAAGUUUGGUCUCUUUUUGUCGAGCAUUUCCGCCAUUGUAUGAGGAUAUUAUGUCUUUGCUGAUCCAAAUAGGGCAAGUCUGUGCCUCUGAUGUUGCCACUCAGACAAGAGACAUUGAUCCAAUUAUUACACGUCUUCAACAAAUAAAGGAGAAACCAAGUAGAUGGUCUGGAAUCUGCAAAGAUCCAUCUUAUAAAAACGGAUCCAGGGAUAUUGGAAGCAUGGAUCCUGAUGUACAGCUGUGUCACUGCAUUGAAAGCACAAUAAUUGAAAUAAUAAACAUGAGUGUUAGCGGAAUUUAGAAAAAAAACAACUUUAAAAAAAAAAGGAAGCUGUUUGUUGCAUAUACCCAAUAUGAAUCUGUGUCUUGUAACAACUCUAAACUGAAUGGGAACAGUAAUGUCUUGGAAUCACUAAAAUGACACAAUUCAACAUGAAUACAAUUUAGAACUCUUUUGAGAAUUAUGCUUGCUUGUAUUUGAUUGGCAGUUCUUUGGAUCUAGUUGCUGGUAUGUUUCUAUUGUACCAGCUGAGCUUUUUUUUUUUUCCUCCUAUUGGGGGGUUCAUUUAAGAAACUCAUUACUGGAAAGUGAAUUUGUCCUUGUAUUUAACUUUUGAGGUGAAGAAAAACUGCCAUGCCUUUAAUUUAAUUUCUUAAAAAAUGAGUUUGUCGGUAGUGUUUUUUUGUUUUGUUUUGUUUUUUAAAUCUGUGUGAGCUAGUAACAGUGCGACAAUGAUGCAAUGAUGAGAGGGAGAAAAAGGGAGAAUUCAGGAAAAAUUAGGAAUUUAAAUACCCAACUAGAAAUCUCUAAAGCUUGCAAUGCAAGUAAUAGUAAUGGAGGAUAGAAUGCCAGCUCUCAAGAAACAGUAUUGAGAAGGCUUUAAAAAAGGCAAAUAGUUUUUUGUAAAUGAUUUCCAUGGAAUUACAGAUAAGGAUUUUAAGAUUUUUACAUAUUUGCUUCAAUUUUUCUAAUAUGUAAAGCCAUAUGUUUAAAGAGAUACUUG